AUGGUGAAAUACAUCCGCAAGGUCAACGAGGAGGUGGACAAGAGCGUGUGUGCACGUGGUAACGACCUCCGCGUCUCCUUCAAGAACACCCGCGAGACGGGCGCAGCCAUCCAGGGCAUGACCGUGGAGAAGGCCCGCGCCUACCUCGACGCUGUCCUGGAGCACAAGCGUUGCAUCCCCUUCCGCCGUUUCAACGGUGGCGUCGGCAGAACUGCCCAGGCCAAGGAAUUCGGCGUCGUCAGCGGCCGCUGGCCCGAGAAGAGCGUGAAGGUCUUCCUCAACCUCCUCGACAACAUCGAAGCCAACGCUCGCAACAAGGAGCUCGACACCUCCAAGCUCUACAUAUGGCACUGCGCCGUCCAGCGAGCCAUGAAGGGCCGCAGACGCACCUACAGGGCUCACGGACGCAUCAACCCAUUCAUGUCCAACCCUUGCCACGUUGAACUCGUCUGCAAACUCAAGCAGGCCCCGGUCCCCAAACCCCCCACGGACAGCGACCACAGUGUCACCGCCAUGGCCAACACCAACACCCGUGAGCUCCGCAUGGCCUUCUAA